AUGCAGCAGCCAUCGCGCGACCUGUGGCAGAAGCUUCCGGGUUAUACUUCAGAUGAGGAAGAGGACACCAGCAGCGAGCGAAGCGGGCGAAGCGAGCCGACGGCUUCGCAGCUUGAGGGCCGGCUCACGGAGGUGCUGUCUUCGAUGUCCUCCCGUGGCAUGGAUCGCCCCAUGAUUCAGUUUCGGCCUGUACCGCCUCCGGGCAGCAAGGCUUCCUCUCAGACCGCAGGCAAGAGUCGCUCAUCUACCUUGCCAGCAUUCCUUCUAAAUGGAGCGGAUGCACCUCUCCUGCAAGAGACAUUCGCCUACAACGGGAUGACCCAAACCAUUGGAAAUGACUAUGCGAUUCAGUGGUCUGGUCCAAAUAUAAAGGAUGCAGUGUACCAGAACAUGACGGAAUGGCAGAGGAUCAACCACUUCCCGGGCUCAACGGAGCUGACCCGAAAGGAUCGACUCUGGCUUCACUUUGCAGAGAUGGCUAGAAGCUAUGGCAAACGUUGUUUCGACUUCGUGCCAGAGACCUAUGUCUUGCCAGAACAGUUUGAUGAGUUUCUGAAAUGCUAUCAAAGGACACGAUGCACAUGGAUUGUAAAGCCGAACUCAUCAUCGCGAGGUCGAGGUAUAUUCAUUCUGCAGGAUCUUGCCGAGCUUCCUAUAGACGAGAAUGUCGUGGUUUCCCGGUACGUCAUGAACCCACUUCUGAUUCAAGAUCUCAAGUUUGACUUGCGCGUGUAUGUAUUGGUAACUUCCUUCGACCCGUUGAAGGCCUUCAUCUACCGUGAAGGUCUAACCCGCUUUGCUUCGGCGCCUUACAGCACAGAGCCGGAACACAUGCAGGAUGCAUUCCGUCACUUGACGAACUACUCGAUCAACAAGAACUCCUGUACUUUCGUAGAGAAUAGCGACCUUCGAUGUGACAACGUUGGCCACAAGUGGAGCUUAUCCGCGUUGAACAAGCACCUGCGCUGUGUUGGAGUGGAUGUUGAUCUCAUGUGGACUCGGAUCAUGGAUUUGAUUGUGAAAACCUUGCUGUCAGUGGAGCCUGCCAUUAGCGCCAGGACGAGGCAAGUGUCGGCAGGAAGGGAGAACUGCUUCGAGCUUUACGGCUUCGACGUGUUGGUAGAUGACGAACUGAAGCCAUGGCUCCUAGAAGUAAACCUUAGUCCAAGCAUGCAGGCGGAUUCGCCAUUGGACUGGCAAAUCAAAAGCUCCCUGCUGGCUGACACCUUCAAUAUAGUGGGAGUUUGCUCGUCGGAACGUACCAGCCCGAAAGUGGAGCGGGCACGCAAUCUGUAUACGCAACCCUGGAAGCAGGUACCCAAAGAUGCCAAAGGUGAAUGCAUGCAAGAGGACAUUCCGGUGGACGAGAAUCUUCCUCCGGUUGUGCUGAAUGCGCUGCCCGACUCGGCGCUCAGAAUGAUCGCCAAGUCCAUCGGCGAGCGUGCGCGGUGUCACAAUUUCGUUCCCCUUUAUCCAACUCGUGCAGCCGUGAAGCGUUAUGGUGUCAUCACAGAGGCCCGUACGCAGUCAGGCACGCAGUCAGGAAGUUUGUGUCGCAGCCCGAUCUUCCCCACUCCCAUUCUGCCCAGUCUCUCACUCUCCCAGAUUUGGGCUUCCAUUUUGUAUGGGCCUCCUCCGCUGCGCUCAGCCACCCAGAUCAGACCCGACUCACUGGAAUCUGGGUCUGAAGACAAGGAAGCUCCGAGAUUGCCAGAAGGCUUUCAGCCCAUUCAGCCAAUUCCGCCCUCUGAGCCACAGCGAGCUGUGUCAGAUCUGGAGAGCCUUCUUGGACCGACUGGAACACCGUCUUGGAAGGAGACGUGGCCAGGACCUGCUGCGCCUGCGCAGUUGCCGGCCAGUGUGGCAGACCCUGGAAGCAGCCUGGAGGACCGAGAGGCCGAAGGGGCACAGCCUCAGAGAAAGAUUCCCUUGAAUACCCUGAUGCUGUACUUCAGCAUGCAGUAG